GCUCUGUUUGGCCCCACACGCUCCCCGUACCGCUGAGAAGCUUUCACAUGACUUGACGCUUGUGAUCCGCAUUACUUAACAAACCCGUUCGGCUGUGGUGAAGGGAAGUCAGUAAACCGUGGUAAAAUCAGCAUUUCCCCAUUAAAAAAAAAAAAAUAAAAAAAAUAAAAAAGAAAAACGCAGUGAAACGACAGGAAGUGUCUCGCAGCGCUCCAUCCCGCUGUGGUCACGUUUCCUUGUCAGAUCAGUCCCUCAGCUGGACGCACUCUGGGGCUCCGACUGAGAGACUUCAGGGUGACGAAGAAGGGAACCGUGUGUGCGCGCGCGCUCCAUGAUCAGCGGGUCACCAAGGGGCGCCGAAACAGCGACAGACAGGAGACGGCGAUGGCAGAGGGACGACGGAGAGGCGGAAAAGACCGGGGCCUCUGAGUGACAGCGAGUUGCUGGACUUUUCAUCUCUCAUGGCUGAGACGACCCCUCCAGACCCCCGAUGGUGCACCUACUUCUUCCUGUUCGAUGGGUCGAAGGUCAAGGAGGAGGGUGACCUAACGAGAACUGGCAUCUGCUACUUUUACCCUGAAGAGACAGCACUGGAGCACCAGGAGGUGCUGUGCAGCCAGCUGGCAGGCGUGUGCAGGUGUGUGUCGGAGCUGUCCCGCUCUGCGGCUCGGCUCGUCCGCCUGCGCAAGCUCAAGUUCGCCAUCCGCAUGAGGGACGACUUCCUGUGGGCACUGGGCUGUGCCGUCGAGCUUCCUGACGUCAGCGUCUGCAGCUUUCUCGAUAAGCUCAUCGGCCUCUUCGGGUUCUACAAUGGUCCGCCCCGACUGAGCUACCAGCUGCGCAGUAAAGAGGAGUUGGCGACUCACUGGGCGCAGUACCUGGUUCACCUGCAGGGCGGCGCCACCGAGCUCCAUCACAUAUUCGGUUCCUUGCACACCAUCGAUUCAACACACGUAUGUGGAAAUACUGAGGAGACAGCAGAAUGGCCACGGAUUGAUCCGCUGCUCCUCCUCAAGGCCGCCCUCAUUCUGCAAGCAUGUCACCGCUGCCCGCUGGUGUUGGCAGGGUGUAUACUUUACCGCGGCAGAGUCGUGAGCACGCAAAUGCCCCCUGAGCUCACAGCCAAGGUGCUGGUUCACGAGUGUGAGACACACAGCCAGUACUUUUUUAAGGGGAGUAAUUUUAAGGAUCUCGGACCCCUGACGGAUGGGUUGGCUUCUUCCAGUGGCCUCCCCUCGUCCGGCAGGGUCACCUCAACCCCCGUGUUUCUGACCCCUUCCGAGGUCAGGGAUCUCCGGCACCCCCCGGUGGACCGGCCACACAGGUCCACUUGCCCCCCACUGCAGUCUAACCGCAGCAAGCCCCGCCUCCUGUCGCGCACCCUUUCCGACACGCCCGCUCCUGACACAGAUGACCAUUGCGGCCCUGGGGCCUCCAACCAGACCGUUCCGUGCUCCAUGCGCUCCUCCUUCUCCUACGAGGCCUGCGUCAGCUCUGGGGCCUCACCGGCCCCUGGUGGGAGCCCCCUCUUUAGCCCAGACUAUCUUGCGGAAGAGAAAGGAGGCUUGUCCAAUGGGCUGCAAGAGGAGCAGAAGGAGGAGGAGCUUGUAGAGGCCACAAGUAGGUGUAGUGUGAGCAGCAAAGAGGGGACACAGGUAGGGCUGGAAACAAAUGACUUUGGGGAGAAGGUGGAAGAAGAAGAGGAGGAUGGGAGCAGCAGAGGAGGAGCGGAGAGAAUGAGACAGGAGCCCAUGGACAGCGAGAGGCCCCAGGAUGACUGGAGAGAAGCAAAGGAAGAGCGCCCCGUGGUGGAGAUGGCACUGUACCGGCAUAGGGUGCGAGGGCUGGUCCUGGCCCUGCUGGUGGAGCCGCAGUUCCACAAUGAUGCAACAGCCUUGGAGGAAGUGUACCACAGCAGCCUGGCAUCCCUGAAUGGCCUGGAAGCUCACCUGCGGAACCCGGCCCCAGGGCUGGCUAGUGCGCAGGGGGGGCCCUACAUCUUUGCCCAUUACGACUGCCUGCAGAACACGCUAGCAACAAACCUGCCUGCCUCCAGCCCUCCCGGCGGUUCAGGAUCACCCCACAGCGCCCCCUUCAUCAAAGCCACCUCAUUGCUCCACGCGCAUUUCUGCCAGGCCCCCACUCUGCAGGAGAUCAUUGUCAGGAACGCAGGGUCGGCCGUGUACGGGACUCGCAGCGUGGCCCAGGAGACCUAUUUUCUCCAGCAGGGGACGACAGUGCGAAACUCGGGGGUACCCAACCCCCAGGAUAGUGCCUUCACGUUGCCCGCCAAGGCCAGGCACAAGCUGUUAAAGCAUGGAGUCAACCUGUUUUGAGGCAGAGCGGUGAAGGGCUGUGACCCGGACGGCGCCCUCAGCUCUGUGCGCAGCCAACUUUCAGAUCCAUGAAAACGUUCCUUCACUCUCUACACAUUCACCUUGUUGCCUUCUGCACAUGGUCACAUAUUGCAGUCACAUGUUCCUCCUAUGCAAGCGUACACACUCCAGGACACAUUGUUUGUGUGCAGCAGGUAACCUGGUGGUUAAAGACAUGGUCUUGUGGCCAAAAGGUUUCAUCUAAUGAGAAGAACAGGAGGAGACCUGCUGUGGUUCCAUAGAGCAAAGCCUCUGCAAAACUGUCCAGCCGAACACGUUCAUUCAGCGGGCUUUGCGAAGAAGCACCUUGUCAGCCAGUUAGAGCUCAGUGAACAAAAAAAAUAUAUGAAAAAAGACAUCUUCUGUGGUGUGAUUACUCUUCGGAAAAACACUCCACUUAUUUUUACACUGAGGAGUGUGUUCAUAAAACAAAGUUUAAAACCUUUUUUUAGACAGAUUAGUAAGGAUAUAGGCAAGUAUCAUUUUUCUCUCUAGACCUGAGGAUUGUACUGUUCUUACAAUUGAUUGUGUGUGUGUGUGUGUUACAGAAGAUGGCAAAAAAUGGGUGUGUAAGAGAGCUGUAAACAUGUACAACUGUAAUGUUAAGAAAGAAAAUAGCAAUAAAUGUGAGAGAUGAGACAUUUAUUUAGGUUUUUAACAUAUUUCCUGAAAUUUUUUUAUUUCUCUGUGUUUUUGUAUCACGUCCUUUAACUGAACUGCUUAACCUCUCAAUGUAU